AUGGGUCGUGAAAGGAAUAACGAAAUCCUCUGUUGGCUCUUCAUCCUGUUGUUAUCUGGCUGGUCUGCUGCUCAAAUAUCCUACUCUGUUUCCGAGGAGGCGGACAAAGGGACUGUGGUAGGGAAUCUCGCAAAGAAUUUAAAUGUCAACAUCCGAGACCUGCAAACGAGGAAUCUAAAUAUCGUCUCUGGUUACAGUAAGAAAUACUUCCAGGCAAAUUUUAAAACGGGGGAUCUGUACGUUAAUGAGCGAAUAGACCGCGAGGAGCUGUGUCCAAACACGAUAAAAUGCACACUAAACCUAGAGGCCAUACUGAGUGAUCCUAUGGUACUCCACCGCAUUGAGGUGGUAAUUGUUGAUAUUAAUGAUAACACGCCUACAUUCGUCGAGAGGUCAUAUUCACUUAACAUAUCUGAAAUGUCACCUACGGGCGAGCACUUCUUGCUUCCCCUGGCUAUUGAUGCAGAUACUGGAAGCAAUUCAGUAAAGACUUACAGGCUGAGUCCAAAUGAGUACUUCUCUCUAGAUGUGCAGAGCGGCGAAGAACAUAGUGUGUCUGCUGAAUUGGUGCUGCUGAAAGCUUUGGAUCGUGAAAAUCAAGCUGUUAUUAAACUGACGCUGACCGCUGUAGAUGGAGGAAAGCCUCCUAAAAGCGGAGGCUUACACAUAAAUGUAAAUGUUCUGGAUGCCAAUGACAACGCGCCGUCAUUUAGUAAAACACUUUACAAGGCACGGGUAAAUGAAAAUGCGCCACCUGGGUCAUUAGUAAUUCAACUGAGUGCCACAGAUUUAGACGAAGGGGACAACGGAAGGCUCACUUACUCUUUUGUCAAACGGGGAAACUUCAAUCCUGCAGAUGUGUUUUUAAUUAAUGCAGAAACCGGGGUGAUCACGAUAAAGGGCACUUUGGAUUACGAAGCACAGCCAGCUUAUGAGAUUCAUGUUCAAGCAACAGACCAGGGAGGGUUACCUCGGAGUGCUAAUGGAAAGCUGCUGGUGGAGGUAGUUGAUGUGAACGACAAUGCCCCAGAAAUUGUGGUGACGUCACUCAUGAACCCGGUUAAAGAAGACGCUGACAUAGGAAGCGCCGUUGCUUUAGUGACAGUGACUGAUAAAGAUGGAGGAAAAAACGGCCAGACUGGCUGUAAACUUAUUGGUUCGGCACCCUUUAAGCUAAAUUCCAAUUAUAAGAAUUAUUACUCUUUAGUUGUUGAUGCACCUCUUGACAGAGAGGGAUGCUCUUUGUACAAUGUCACUAUUACGGCUACUGAUGAAGGGACUCCGCCUCUGUCCAGCACCUGCGUUAUAACUGUUCACGUUUCUGAUGUCAAUGAUAACGCGCCUGGUUUCCUUGAACCCGUGAUUAACGUUUAUGUGAAAGAAAACAGUCCCAUUGGAGCUCGAAUCUAUUCGAUAACCGCAGUCGAUCCUGAUAUUAAUGAAAACGCUAGGGUGACAUACUCAAUAGAUGGUGAUUCAAAAGGUAUUCCAAUAUCUUCAGUUUUAAACAUCAACUCAGAGACUGGAGAUAUAGUCAGCCUGCAGUCUUUUAACUACGAGGAGUUAAAGACGUUCCAGUUCAAAGUUCAGGCCACAGACUCUGGUGUUCCUCCGCUCAGCAGCAACGUGACUGUGAACGUUUGUAUCCUGGAUGAGAAUGACAACAGUCCCGCGAUCCUCGCGCCCUAUUCUGAGCACGGCUCCGUUAACAGUGAGAGCAUCCCCUAUUCUGCUGAAGCGGGAUACUUUGUGGCAAAGAUCAGGGCUGUAGACGCAGACUCUGGAUACAACGCGCUGCUUUCUUAUCACCUGUCUGAGCCCAAAGGAAACAACCUCUUCCGGAUCGGAACCAGCACCGGGGAGAUCAGGACUAAGAGGAGGAUGAGUGACAAUGACCUGAAAACUCACCCCUUGGUGGUGUUGGUUUCUGAUAACGGAGAGCCCUCCCUGUCAGCUACUGUGUCUAUUGAUGUGGUGGUGGUUGAAAGCACAGCUGACAUCCAGACUCAGUUCAGACAUGUGCCCAUAAAGGAGGAGAGCUUCUCUUAUUUGAACCUGUAUCUGCUGAUCGCCAUUGUGUCGGUGUCAGUGAUCUUUCUGCUGAGCCUCAUCAGUUUAAUAGCUGUGAAAUGCCACAGGACAGACGGCAGUUUCAGCAGGUACAGCGCCCCAAUGAUCACCACCCACCCUGACGGGAGCUGGUCUUACUCUAAAGCUACUCAGCAGUAUGACGUGUGUUUCAGCUCCGACACACUGAAGAGUGACGUAGUGGUUUUCCCCGCACCGUUUCCGCCUGUAGAUGCGGAGCUGAUCAGUAUAAACGGAGGAGACACGUUUACCAGAACUCAGACUUUACCUAACAAAGACAAGGUGAGUUGUUUGUAA